GAAAAUAACAUUUCGCUUGGAGAGCUCGAAAAGUUUAGAGUGUGUGGAACAUCAUCACAUAUUAGAAUUAAAUUUCGCUAAAAUAGCGCACAAAAAAAGGCGAAUAGAUUGUUGUUACAAAUCCUUCGGUCGAUAUCUUUAGUUUUGUGUUUUUAUUUGUUAAUUUAAAGUGAACAUUUCUUCACAAUUUUUUAUCAUUAUUUUAAUAGAAAUUUUUUAUUAAUUUCGUGUAUAAAAGUGACAAGAUUAAAUCUAAGUUUUAAGCCAUGUCAUCAGCAUUAAGAACGAAACCGUUUGGAAGUAAGAAGGAUAAAAAGAAUCCACCAAUUCUCAGCCAUGAAUUUGUCAUACAAAAUCAUGCAGAUAUUGUGAGCUGUAUAGCUAUGGUUUUUGUCGUCGGUUUAAUGAUGCAAGCAACUAGUACAUUAGCUAGCAUUUUCAUUGUCAUGGGCCAUAAUGCAACCGAUCCAACCGACGCUGCUACUAGAGGUGAACCAUUCUUGUACGAAUCAGGCUGGAGAGAUGGACCUGCCGUGUUCUUUUACACUCUUAUUUGCAUUAUAAUGCACGCAAUCUUACAGGAAUAUGUUUUAGAUAAAGUUUCAAAGAAGCUUCAUUUAUCAAAAUUCAAACUUUCACGAUUCAAUGAAUCUGGACAGCUUGUGGUAUUUUACUUGGUUUCAUUUUUAUGGGGUGGCGAAGUAAUGCUCCGUGAACGAUAUGCUGAAAAUAUGUCUAAACUCUGGAUUGACUAUCCAAUUCAUCCAAUGACAUUCUUACAUAAGCUCUAUUUCAUCAUUCAAUUGGCCUACUACCUUCACAUGCUCCCUGAAUUAUAUUUCCAGAAGAUUAAGAAAGACGAGCAAGCACCUAAGAUGCAACAUUCCAUUGCUGGACUCCUUAUUAUUGGUUUCUUUUACUUCUUUGCUUAUCGUCGUGUUGCUAUUGUCCUUCUUACUCUUCAUUACUUUAGUGAAUUUGUUUCACACACUUUUGGAUUACUCGAAGUCUUCGACAAGGAAGAGAAAUACGCUCGAUUCCGCAUUUUCAACAACAUCAUUUUCCUGAUAACAGCAUUCUCAACAUUAGUCCUUUCCUUCCUCACAUUCUUCACCGGAAUCGGAAAGACAAAUCCAACACGCGGUAUGUUGGGUCUCGUUAUUGCCUUCGCCAUUCAAGGAUUAUUAAUUUUCCGUUUCAUCACAUCCUUCCUUAAAUCAAAGCGCGAAUCAAAGGAGCAAGCCACAAUAGCAGCUAAGCCACUUCUCAAGAAACCUAAAUCGUCGGAAAAAAAGAGUGAAUCAAGUAAGAAGAGCAAGAAGGAAUCAGACUUGCCCGAGGCUGAUCAAAAUGUGAACCAAAAGAAGGUCAAGACCAAGUAAAUUGCAGCACAUUCAGACAAUGCACAGAACAUUCUAUUGUUGAUGUUGAUGUUUUUUUCUACACAAUUUCCAACGGAAAAAUAUGAAAAAAAAAGUUGUAAAAAUCCAAAUUUUCAUUCUUUUAAAGUUUUUCUUUAAUUAUAUUAAUUUCACUGGUCUGAUCAAAAGAAAUGGAUUUAAUAUUUUUUUAUGUUUUUCCUUGCAAAACUUCAUUUCCUUCCAAUAAAAAAAAAAUGAAAAUCAUU